CAUUCUGGUAUUUAUUUCACAAAAUAUAUUUUUUUAUUACAGCGAGAAAUUUCAAGAUGAGGACGAGGACGAGCUGCCUUCAACUUUCGACCCUUACAAUAUACAAGCUCAAUUAAAGAAAGUUGCUACAAAAUUUCCGGAUGUCAACAUAACGGUAGAAGUAAUCGGCCGUACUGUGGAGUACAAUGAAAUAGUUCUAUUAAAAGCGAGUGAAUUACCAAACCCAUCUCGAAGAGGAAAGUACGAGGAUACUUCGUAUGAAAAGAAGAUAAUUUUCAUCGUCCACGGUUUGAGUGUAAAGGGGAUAGACGAUAUACCCUGUCUUUCGAAAGUGUCGUAUUUCGAAACACUUCUUCAUUAUUAUUUCGAGUUUUUGGAUAAAUUUGACAUAUUUUUAAUAGCAAUGGCCAAUCCUGAUGGAAUUAGUUUUCCGCGACCAUUUUGGAACAAAAACGUGUCUCCACAAAAAGCGUGUCCAGGAGUAGCAUUGGAUCGAAACUUCGAUGUGGCUUGGAAUUUUACUAGACUGAUUAGUUCGUGUAGCCAAAAUUAUCCGGGAUUCAUGCCUUUUUCCGAACAAGAGACGCAAGCUAUAAGGCGAAUAUUUCAUUAUCAUCACCACAAAAUAGUUGCAUAUAUUAAUGUACAUGGAAAUGGCUUUGAUGAGAGAACUUUCAAGGGGGAAGCAGUAUUGUACCCGAAAGGUUAUACAGAAUUUCAAGAAGAUGAUGACCAAUAUAUCGACUUGAAGGGAGAGAUCGACGAAGCUAUCAGGAAUGCCAGCUUCCGCCUCAUGGCGGUCACUGUCGACAACCUGUACAGCUGGUAUGGCAUUAUCAGCGGCGCCAGCGUCGACUACGCUUCUACGGUGUUUGGUGUACCUUUCUCUUUGGAAUUUGUGAUGCAGCCUUAUUCCAAGGUAUUUAACUACAAGGAACAUCAAAACGAGGUGGCAUACGACUCGCUGAACGCGAUAUGGGGCCGUAUAAUUCACGCCGUCUUCCAGUACAUAUGGGAGAGCACUCGAUACAUAGAAAAGAGACGUCUCUCUAAAUUUGUUAGGUAUCCCAGAAAGUUUCAAUUCCGGAAGCAUAAUAAAGUUUAA